UGGGUGGUGCGGUGGUGGACUCAGCUUUUCCUUCUUCAAGCAACCAUUUUUUUCCCCUCCAGCCGCUCUGCUCCCCCCCUUCCCUCCGCUUGGUGAGGUCGCCGCCAGCCCGGGACAGCGCCACCCCAGCUCACCACCACAGCAAUGGAGCCGGCCCUUCUCCCCACCGUCCCCGCGGCGACCAAGUAGCGGCCACCCCCCCCCCCCCUCCACCCCCCGCGCGGCUCCUCCUCCUCCACUGCAAGAGGCGUUUUGAUCCGCGAGGACGAUGGCGAUGACGGCCUACAGCUACCAAGCGCAGGCCAUGAUGAGGGACUACCUGCUAGCCGACCCGCUCGUCCCCUACACCUCCGUGCUCAUCGGCGUUUUCCUCUGCAAGAUGGCUUAUGAUCUCACACGGAUACUGAGCUCAUUUUACUUCAAGGGCUAUUCUUCUUUGACAAAAAUACAACGUGUUGAAUGGAACAACAGGGGUAUGUCCAGUGCACAUGCGAUCUUCAUUGCAGCAGUAUCAGUAUAUCUUGUUGCGUCUACAGAUCUUUUCUCUGAUCGCCUCAAUGGGCCUAUUACGUUCCGCAAUUCGAUCAUCUCCACCUCUGCAUUAGGGGUUUCUGUGGGUUACUUCAUCACUGAUCUUGCAAUGAUCUUCUGGUUGUAUCCUUCCCUUGGUGGAAUGGAAUAUGUACUCCAUCAUACUCUUUCUCUGGUUGCAAUAGCUUACACAAUGUUGUCAGGGGAGGGGCAGUUUUACACAUACAUGAUUCUUAUUUCAGAAACAACCACCCCUGAAAUCAACAUGAGAUGGUUCCUUGACACCGCUGGACUGAAGAAGUCGAGCGCCUACCUGAUCAAUGGUAUUUUGAUAUUUGUUGUAUGGCUGGUGGCAAGGAUAUUUUUGUUCCUGUAUGUGUUUUACCACAUCUAUCUGCACUACAGCCAGAUAAUGAAGAUGCAUGCAUUUGGCUAUUACCUGACACUAACCGUGCCGUCGGUGCUCUUUGUCAUGAACGUGAUGUGGUUUAUGAAGAUUUUGAAAGGGGUGAUGAAAACACUGUCGAAAUGGUCGUAAUCGGAUCAAGGCUUUGCGGACCAGAAGCACAACCAACGUAAUUUGGUGUUCCUGCCGAGCUGCGUGUGACCAUAUAAUAUGUAAAGUUAUGGAUAUAUGAAUUAGGCUUUGCGGACCAGAAGCACAACACCUGGUGUUCCUGCAGUGCUGCUUGAGACCUUUGAUGUGCAAAGCUAUGAACAUAUCGACGUAACUAGGGAAAGUGAAUAUGUAAAAUACUGUAGCAAACAAGUUAGAUUAGGCUAAAUCGUGCAAUUUUCCGGCGAGCUGGAAUUUCCUGGCCAGCUUUCCUGUUCCAAGCAAUCCUGCAAUGUGUAUAUCAGGCCAGGAGAAAAUUCCAUUUCAUCUCUUAUUCAUGAUAAAUUCAGUGAUCUAAUUCGAGACAUUA